UUCACCUAUUCUGUCAGUUCACAGUCCGCUACGUUACGUCAAAAUGGCUCCAACGAUGUCAUGGAGAAUGUAUCUGCUCAUUCAUACAGUAAUAUUGUCUUGGUAUGUAUUUACCCUAUCUGCGAAUUGUUCAUUAAAGAUCACAGGGAGACACCCCGGUGCAAAAUCAUACGGUGGACGGUGGAAAUAUCUGACAUUUCUUAAUCUGGUGAUGCAGACGAUAUUCUUCGGGUUAUGUGUCUUGAUUGACCUGUUCCACCUGAUACUGCCAGCGAGAAGUUUGAAUGGAGGUCUUGCAGUCCUCUUAGUAAAAUUACGGGACAUCAUAUACACUGUUUUAGCUUUUCCUAUUGGGACAUUUGUGUUUGUAUCUUUCUGGUCACUCUAUACAUAUGAUAGAGACCUGGUAUACCCCAAAUACCUGGAUGACAUCAUUCCUGUCUGGCUUAACCAUGCCAUGCACACUGUUAUCGUGCCCUUGGUAUUGGUACAGAUGUAUAUCCAACAUCACAAAUACCCCAGCCGGUUCAAAGGAAUACUAGGCCUGGCUCUCUUUGCUGCUCUGUAUCUGGCAUGGGUGCUGUGGGUGCACCACACGGCAGGGAUCUGGGUGUACCCCAUUAUGGCUCAGCUCAGCCCAGUGGGCCUGGUCCUGUUCCUGGGGGCUGCAUGCCUCUCCAUGGCCCCCCUCUACCUACUGGGGGAGUAUUGCAACCGCAAGAUAUGGGGCAUCAUUGGAGGGACUGCUCUUAAACAUGGUACUCAGAAGAAAAAGAGGAAGUGAGGGAUCUUUGGCGUGUGAGCUGAGCGACCCUGCGGGGACCAGAGAGGCCUAUAUGUGUCACGUGGACAGAUGGGGUGAGGAUAGGAUAGGACGGGGUCCAGCAUUGAUCACCCCCUCCAGGAUGCACUUGUGGGGAAUCUCAGGUCUCAGCCAGCAGGCACUGGUGCUUCGAUGGCCAGACAAUAUAUAGAACUGUACUUUGUGGGAUACAAUAUUCUGUGUAAUCAACUUUUAUUGUUUUUGGUUGUUUUCUUAUCAGUUAUAUUGCCUCACCUUCAGUGGAGCAAAUUUUCACUGAAAGAAACACUUAUUGCGAUUCAAUUUUCUCAAUCUUUAUGCUGUUUAGUACUGUCAUUUUUGUUAAAGGGACUGUUCCUUAUGUUUUCUUUGCUUUUCUACCUAUAUUUAAUUCAUAAUAACCCAAACUUUAAAAUCACUUAGAUGUCACUAUUAAUUAAUAUACAUAUUUUAUCAUGUCACUUGUAAGGAGAAAUUACAUUGAUAAUGUGAAAUGAAUUAUAUUUAAUGAAACUGUAAUUGUA